AUGAAAUCUCUAAAAAUUAACAAUCAAUUUAUCUUAUCUCGUAAAUUAGCAUCUGGCAGUUUUGGAUUUGUAAUGUUAGCCUUUGAUUAAAAAUCUGGAUAAUAAGUUGCUAUUAAAUUUGAAAAACCUGAAAAUGAACAUCAUAAUUCUUUAUAAAAUGAAAUAGAUAUUAUUCGACGAUUACAAGGUAUUUAAGGAAUACCAUAACUUAUUUAUGCUGGUUCAUAAGAUAAUUUCAAUGUCCUUGUUUUAUAACUCUUAUCUAAAGAUUUAUCAACUUUGAUCAAAAAAUAAAAACAAUUUACAAUGAAAACUACAUUACAAAUAGCUAUCUAAUUAGUUGAACUUAUAUAGUAGAUUCAUUAAAAAGGAGUAUUACAUAGAGAUCUUAAACCAGAAAAUAUUAUGAUUGAUCAAAAUAAUAAUUUCUAUCUAAUUGAUUUUGGAAUUAGUAAAAUUCAUCUUAAAAAAAAUGGAUCAAUUUUGUACAAUAUGUAUUUAAUUAGACCAUUUAAAGAAAGAUAACCAUUUAUUGGUACUUCUCGAUAUGCAUCUAUUGCAGCACAUAAAGGAAAUGAAUUAGGAAGAAAAGACGAUCUUGAAUCAUUUUUUUAUCUAUUACUAUACUUUAUAUAUGGGUAUAAAUUAUGUUCAAUAUUAGUAAGUUACCUUGGUAGAACAUUAAAAAUAUUCAGAAUGAUUAAAAAAUUGAAUAUGUAGGAGAAUUGAAACUUUUAAAAACAAAUGAAUUAUUAAAUGAUCUUCCAAUUGAAUUUAAAAAGAUUUAUGAGUAAUAAAAUUAUUUUAAUUAUGGAGAUAUUUAAGAAAACUAAAUUAUGCAAAUGAGCCAGAUUACACAGCAAUAAAAAAACUGUUUAAAUAAGCAGCUAAAAAUUUGAAAAUAACAAUAGAUACUAUUUUUGAUUGGGAUUUUUAAAAUACAACGCAAACAGGAAAUUUUUCUUAUUUUGAAACAAUACAAUUCGACGAAAAUUUAUAAUCCGAUAAACUUUCAUCCAAAUAAAUUAUGUAUUAAUUAAUAUCAUAUAAUUUUAGGCAUUUAAAUACUUAAUCUGCUAGUCCUGUAAAACGUAGAACUGCUGGACCAUCAUUUAUGCAUUAACAUCAACCUUUCCUUAAGAUCAUAUAAAAUUAAAAGAGUAGAGGUAGUAGUCAUAGUCCACUUACAAAAUUUGAUGGAUUUAGUUAAAAUUCGAUAGAUGAGAUUAGUGAAGAUUCAGAAUAUAUUAUACCAAAUGAAUGUGAAAAUCAUUCUAAUUUUCGUGUGAGAUCUUUGCCAGAUGAAUUAAAAAAACCUUUAUAAAACCAAACAUUAUGUUUCAAUGAUGAAUGGUUGAUAGAAUCUGAUAAAAAUUUAGUUGAUAAUUAUAAAAAAUUAGAAUCAACAAAUUAUUAAAUAACUACUAUUUUUCAAAAAAAAUAAAAAUGA